AUGAUGGUUCAAUUGGACGCUGAGAUCGCCUUCAAUGGUCUCACAGACGAAGAGAGACUUUACGCGCAUUACUUGUCGAAGAGCUGUUGGUUUGGAUCCAUUGUCUGCUUGUUUCAGACGUCUCCCGAAUCUCCGCUUAUAUUCACUCUCUUUCGGCGUUUAUUUGCCGAACAAUCGGUCGAAGAGUUGAAGGCUUUGGCCCAAAGUGUGGCUCAAUUUGAUGACAACGAGUGGCGGGCAUUAUUAGUGUAUUUGUCGGCGUUUUUGUCAAAUAUGGGAAAUUAUCGCUCUUUCGGAGACUCGAAAUUCAUUCCCGAUUUGUCCGCCAAUAAAAUGGACGCUUUUGUCCGCAAUUCCACCGCUUUUCGCAACAAUCAGAAGGAAUUGGAGUUUAUUUGGACUAAUGUUAAGCAAAGAAUGUUUUCUCUCGAGAAAAAUGAAUUGAGUCUCGCUUUCGCUCCUGAAGGAACGACGACUUAUUUCUCGAAGAACUGCACGAAAGAAGAUUCAGAAAUCGUCAAAAACUUUAUGCAAACAAUUUCUUUAAUUCGGUUUCCUUCUCAACAGAACAUGGAUUCAUACAAUUGUCGCGUUUUCAAAGACAACGACAAAUAUGAGAUCAGAUUCGCGUCCAUUUUGUCGUCUGAAGACUUAGAGGAA